CACACAAAAAAGCAAAGAAACAUUGACCUUAGGAGGAUAAAAAAAAUUUAUGACUCAGUUAUAAUAACCACAUCGGUUGCCUUUCAUCAACCACCUCCAUCAGGGAAUUGGGUGACUACUAGCAAAGUGCUCUCAAACUAAUAGCAAAGCUCUUCCACUUUCAUCAAACACUCCCUAGUCCAUAGAGACCAUACCAUCCAAUUCUUCUAACAGCUUAAAACACAAGAGGCCAAACCUUGAUGAUGAGCCCCUUGUUUUCAAGCCAAAAACCAACAGGAAUUCUCUCCUUUAUACAUGCACUCCUCGCUGCCUGUACCUUCUAAUACAUGCUUUAGAUUGUGACUCAUAUAUCCCACCUGAAAACAUGUCUUCUUCUUCUUCCCCUGAAAUUGUCCUCACCAGCUCUCCCGACGGCCCCAUUGUUGCCUAUGAUGCUUCCUCAGGCACCAUUGUAGCACAGUUCACUGGCAGCCGCUCACCACGUAGAGGCCUCACUGUUGUUGGAAAGGAUUUUGGAAAGACUUAUAUAGCUGCCUCACACAUAUCCCCAACCACGGCUUCUGGUUCAAUCCACCUUUACAACUGGUGGUCUUCGACUGCCUUUCACAGCCUCCCUGUCCCCGAACCGGUUGCACCACUAGCUGCCUCAUUUGAUGGAUUGUACCUCUUUGCUGGUGGCAUAUCAGGCAGUGUGCAUACACUUUCAGUCCCAUCAGGGAAUGUGCUCAAAUCACUGCCUGCACAUAACAAGCCUGUAACCUGCCUUGGUGUCAAUCAUGAUGAAUCUCUUUUGAUUUCAGGCAGUGAUGAUGGAACCAUUGCUAUUGUCCCUAUCUUUCAGCUUGUAGGGGACUCAGGAUGCGAGAAUGUUGAAGACUUGAUAUUGCAUAAGUUUGCCGCUCAUUCUGAUUCUGUUACUGCCAUUGUUUCUGGUACAGGAUUAUGCUACUCCCAGAUUAUAUCAUGCUCAACUGAUUCCACAUGUAAGUUCUGGAGUCUCCGGCGGGGGACUCACCUGCGUACGGUUGUGUUUCCGUGCACGAUUUCUGGGAUUGCAUUGCACCCCACAGAGCCCGAGUUCUAUGCUGCAGGGUCAGAUGGAUCGGUACACAUAGGGUCCUUUAUGAUUGGAAGCAGAAAACUUGUGAUCCAAGGCAAUGAACUGAUGACAUUGCCUCAUACACACAGCAGUGCAGUUGUAUCUGUCGUGAUGCUGAACGGGGGAAGGAACUUAGUUUCGGCUUCAGAAGAUGGGAGUGUUUGGAUAUGGGAAGUUGGUGUAGGUCAGGUGAUUAUGGCUCUUGGAAAUGAGAUGGCAAGCAUUAGUGAUUUGGUGUCAGCCACAGGCAUAAGUUAUAACAAAGGACAUAGUUCUGAAGUGGGUAAAAGUAGUGCCAAGGAAUCUGCAAAGUGUGAUGACAUCGGGUUUUCUUGCGAGGAACUGAUCAUGAGUAUGCCUGCGAGGCAAAUGAUAGAAAUGGAAGAUUUAUUGAAAGUGGCAGCAAAAGAUAGGAGCAGAGCCAUCGAUACGCUAGAAUCUGCUAUUGCAAUAUAUGAGAAGCUCUUGGAACUCAUUCUCAAGGAAGCUAAGAAAGGCACUCACAGCAGUAAACAGAGGUGAAAAGGAGAAAGAUAACAUGCUAGUUUUCAUGCAAACUGUUAUAUCAGUCGUAUGUAUGUAAUAUGUCUGGAGUUAGAAAGACAAAGAGGUAGAAUACCAUGGUAUAUCUAGUUUUUCCUCUUUCGGUUUACUUCCCUUCAAAGAAACCACAUGGAAGUCUAGCGUUUCUCUUGAAGUUAAAAAAAAUUAUGAGAAAAUUUGUAACUUAUCAGAGGUUUUCCCUCUAAUUCUUUGCUCUGUGAGGUGAAACAUUGAAGAAUUCCUGCCAUGUGCGGUGGUUGUCCAACAACUCAAACAUAUAAACGUACCAUUGUCCCCAUCUCUAGGCAACGGGGCAGGUUGUUGAUCAUUCAUCAUUAUAGUUGUCAAUACAUUUUGAUUCACAUGAUUGAUAUUUGAAAUCGAGAAAAGACAGGCUAUAAAUAGAAAUCGAAAAAUGACCGUCCAUCAGGACCAGUACUCCAACAAAGCAGUGGUACUGUGGUAGGCAUGUUGCUGGGACGUAAAUAUCAGUCACAGUGAACAAGUACGGAACUAGAACAUACCAGAACGUGACUGAUUGCUUUAGGCAGCAUUCCUAAAGUACAAUACAAUCACCCACUAAACAUAACGGUUGAUUCAUAUCUCUGAUACUCAAACCCAAAGAAUCUUGAUGAGAACUGAUUGGAACAGAAAUUGACAUCACAGUUUUUACUAAGUGGAAUCAAGAUAGCAAACUAGCUCCAGCACAUAACAUGUGAGGCAAAGAGUGAUGCGCAGGUCUUGUCUAACAGGGCCAGCUGAAAUAUCUGGAACAGCUUGAGCAUUUCUAGAAACUAUUGAAGCAGCUAAGAAGCACCGUACUAUAUAUGUUUACACAUUGAAAGGUGAUUAUAUGACAAAAUGUGCAAGGUCUUCAACAAUAUCUUUACAGCCAAUCAUGAACUCCUUAGGUAG